UUAGGGCCAACAAAAAAUUAUUCAAUCUAGAAUAACCUUUAGGGAGGAGGAGAGUGAGAAAAAAAACAUUUUUGGAUUUUGCAAAAAGAGUAUAUAAACUUGCUUAUGACCUAAUUCCUUUCCCCAUCUACAAGAUUCCUCCAGAUUUUUCAGGAUCGAAGAACCAAGUAUACGCUGGUAAGUUUUGCUUUGAGUGACUGACAAUGGCAACUACUGAGCAACCAAAGGCAGCUACCGAGGACGCGAAGAUUGAUCUUUUUGAAGACGACGAUGAAUUUGAGGAGUUUGAAAUUGAUCAGGAGUGGGAGGACAAAGAGGAAGGCAAAGAAGUAACCCAGCAGUGGGAAGAUGAUUGGGAUGAUGAUGAUGUAAAUGAUGACUUCUCGCUGCAGCUUAGGAGGGAGCUGGAGAGCAACAAUGAGAAGAACUAAGCUAAGUGUAGAGAUGAUUGUUACUAUUUCUGACACUGUGCCUUGUACCCUUGCUUAAAGAGUAAUGGAGAUUUGAUGAAUCUUAAUGCGCCAAGUUCAUGAUCUGGAGUUUUAAUUAUUUUUUCUCUUAAAGGAAAACUUGCAACUAAGGUUUUUCUGACGCAUAUGGCAAUACUUUGGUCAGAACCACCCAAAAAAAGAUAAAAAAAAGGAAAAGAUAAAAGAUGGACACUUUGUAGAAUGCUUUCGGGAAGCACCUCCUUUGUUGGAUGAUUAUCUAUAUGCUGACGAAUAAUACAACAUAAACCAAAGAAUGGCAAGAGCUCUACCUCUAUGGUUUUCUCUUCUACAGAAAUGGGUACCUUGUUAAUUGUGGGAGUGUGCGAGCUCCGUAGAACUGACUGCAGAAAAGACAGUUUGAUGUUCAACUUUCAGCUUGGUUGUUUGGUUUGUAGUUUUCUCAUAAACAGCCAAUGGGCACGUUUUUAUUUUAUUUUCAGGAGUAUGAAUGCAUCUCUUGGCGUUUUAAGCCGGCAAAACAAGCUAAUGUUCAAUUUUCUGGACACUGUAGUUGCUUUUACACCAAUCACUGCAAUGACAAGGCCAUUUUCUUUGGGGUUUUGGAAGGUAAUGUCCCUGGAAUAUGGUUAAAAGCUUUCUUCUUGGACUGGAGAGAUCUUAAACAUUUGGACUUCUAGGUUCCUGGGUUUAUGAUAUAUUACUAGAGCAUUUUAAUGCAGCCUUUAUAUGAUAAAUAUGUAUGUACGUAAAACUGCUUAGAUUAGCCAUCUCUAGACGAAUUUAUUCGAGAAUCAUGUGAUGUACUUUCUCAAAUAUUAUUUGUAGACUAGUUUUAACUAGGUGUGGUCUCAUCAUGGAUGCAUGUCAUUUUGUGAAGGAUGAAAAUAUUUUUCCUCCCU